CAGGCCAGAAAAAAGUGGAAGGAAAAAUCAGGCAGGAGAGAGAGAGAAGCAGCAGCAAAAAUUUAUUGGGAAAAGAGAGACUGUUCGAAUUUGAGAGAGAGAGGGGAGAUCAAUUUGAGUGCCGGAGAAAAUGGAGGUAAUAGAGGUAGAAGACAGUGGUGGGUACAGUCUAAAACCAAAUCGUUUAGCGAGCGAAGACAUACUGUUCUGCAUAGAUGUGGACAGUGAAUCACUCGUGGAAAUGAAAGUUUCAACUACAGCGGGUGGGCGACCCUAUACGAGGUUGGACGCUAUGAAGCAAGCCGUCAUUCUCUUCAUCAAUGCAAAGCUCACUAUCAACCCUGAUCACCGUUUCGCUUUUGCUGGUCUUGCCAAAUCCGCUUUUCUGCUCCAGAAAGAGUUCAGCAGUGACAUUGAGAUGGCCAAUUCUGCUCUUCGGGGUCUCACAGUAAAUUCAUCUUGUGGUCACGCUGAUCUUACUCAACUAUUUCGGCUCGCUUCCCAUGAAGCAAAGAAAUCACGUGCUCAAAAUCGGAUACUCCGGGUGAUACUCCUAUAUUGUAGGUCGUCAAUACCACCACAGCAUCAAUGGCCUGCUACUCAAAAGCUUUUCACUUUGGAUGUAGUUUACCUUCACGACAAGCCUGGACCUGACAACUGUCCUCAGAAGGUGUAUGAUGCCCUCGUGGAGGCCCUUGAACUUGUCAGCGAAUAUGAGGCUUACAUAUUUGAGAGUGGUCAGGGGCUUACUCGUGUCCUCUUCCGUCAUAUCUGCACACUUCUAUCCCAUCCUCAGCAACGUUGUUGUCAAGAUGACAUUGACAUACCCAAGUCCCUUGCAAAGAAGUCACCUGUGGCUGAUCCGGCACCAGUUGAUGAAAAUGCUGUUGUUUCCAGCCAAUAAUACAGGACACAAACAUUUGAAUGAUCAGACAUUCGGGGAGCUGCUGCUUAUUAUCCAUCUUGUUUUCCUAUCUAGAAUGUAGCCUCCAUUUGUUGAUAACACUUUAAAGUUAAUUUUAGAGGUUUUAAUGGAUUGUAUAAACGUAUCACUGUAUCAGGAAUUCUAAGCAGUAUCUGCUUCCCUCUUUUGCCUUUUGCAUUUGAUGUGUACGUACAUGUAUAUCUCGGGUGAGAGGCGGAGCAGGAUUUUAAGUUAAUGGGUUCGGAAUUUUGUUCCUUC